AUGCCCCGGCAUGAGACAGUGUGCAAAUACUGUGGAGUCAGCUAUUUGAUACUCCACGAAUUUAAGGUAAUGGAAGAAAAAGUCAAAGCAAUGGAAAAGAAGAUUAAAUGUUAUGAAGGAAGUCUGGAACGGGAAAAAGGACUUCAGGCAGAGCUGCAGGCUCUGUACAAGGACCUUGAACGCUAUCGAGCUGACAGGGAAUCAAAAACAGAAAGAAUAAAAACCCUAACAGUGGAACUUAAAACCAAGCAAGAUGAAUUAAAAAAUGUGAAAGAUGACUUGCGGUAUUUCCAAGAGGAGAAGGAAGCUGUCUAUAAGCAAUCACAUGUGCUCAGAAAUACACUGGAACACCAUUGCUCCACCCUGAGCAAGGUUGUCUCCCUGUUCCCCUUUAUUCGAAGUGAACUGAACAGCAUUAGAGAAGUCAUCUCCAGUAGCCUCGAGAGCUGGACUGCCACGAGAGAAGAAAUUUUUCUCCAAAUAAAAACUGUUAGCAAAGAAGCUUUAACAGACUGGGUAGAAAUGAGUGGGGCAGCUGUGGUGCAUGAGCGAGGGGCACACAUCACAUGGGGACAGUGUGGCCAGGGCGUCCAGAGGCGGGCUCGUGCCCACUGUGGUUGUUCAUUACUGCUGUAUGGCAACAUAUUAAUAUACAAAAUCCCCAAAUUGAAUCAAAGAUUGGCAAAAACCCAGCGAGAGAACGAAUGCCUCCAGGAAAAGGUAAAGCAUCUGACGGUGAUGGCCGACAUGGUUGAGCUGAAAACUCAGCAGCUUCAGACUUCACUGCAGCAAGGGAAUGAGCUGCAGAGCAGGUGCCGGGAACUGCAAAAGGAAACGUUAGAUUUAACGAAUCAAGUAGAGACAGCUGGACUGAAGCUGCAGAAAGUAACCGCAGAGAUGGACCACUACAAGAAGCUGUUAAUGGUGAAAUCAACGGAACUUGAUGUCUGUCAGAAUGAACUGAAAAAAAUUAAAUCUGAAAAUGGAAUUUCAGAGUCAAGUGAGCUGGAAGCGCUUAAAUCUCUCCUUGCAAAAACAGAGGAGGAGGUGGCGAUGCUGAAACAGGAGAG